AUGAAUUACGAUGAGAAGGUCAUACAGGGAUUCGGAUCAGUGACUUGCACCGACAAAUUGCUCUUCCUAGGACAUUACGGACCAAGCUCAAAGGUUUCCAUCUUCAAGUUCCUGGAAAAUGAGACCCAGGAUAUCAAAUUCGUAGGAUCGCUUUUUCCGAUCAUCGGUACCGUGGUAAAACUGCUAAUAAACGCAGAGAAAGGCACACUAGUCUGCGGCACAAACGCAGGGUACCUCUACAUUUGGGAUAUCAGCAAUGAAACGAUCGAAACCCUGGAAUCGCUCACCUACAGCCCGCUCUACGGCGAUGGCUAUAUUCCCUUAAACUCCAGAGUUGCUCCAGUCGCAGUUGUUGAGCCCAGCAACAUGGGAAAUCUGGUAGACUUUGACUUUAUAUACCAGAACAACUUCAUAAUAGGACUGGAAAAGUGGCCUGAGCUGAAUGUAAACUUUUACAAUGCUUCCAACGGUUCAAAGGUGGCAUCUAGUCGUAAUCUUGUCAAGAAUGUCGACAAAAACAAAUACAUGACCUGUGUAAAGGCUGAUCCAAACUUUAUAUCAAACGACGGCAAGGGUCAAUGGGUUGUUUGCGGAUCUGCACGCGGAACCAUAUCGUUGACCCUAGUGCCUCCAAAUGUUCUAAAUGAGGAGGGGAAAACCGUGGAGCUCUGCUGUUUUACCUUUGACCUCGCAGAGUCUGUGAAUAUAAAUUCACUCGCGUGGAGAUUUAGAAGUCCGUCAUCUACCAAUCUCACGGUUUUAUCCGGAUGUUCUGACGGUUAUAUACGGUGCUGUGUAUUUAGCACGCAGUCUGAUUCUCCAGUGCUGCAUAAACAAGCCACGUAUUCCUAUUCAAAGUCGUCAAUCACAGGGACUGUGAAUAAGAUAAUAUGUGGAAAGGACACAAGGACCGGAGUUCCAUACGUCAUUGGGUCUUGCAACAUGAUCAGCGAGUUUGGUAGCACCGAAGCUGGAGAUGUGUCAUCAUCCUGUGCAUUUGAACUGGUCUACCAAAAACUUUUGCAGGACUCUUCCGACGAUAUCAUAUCGUUUGCAAGCAUACAAGACUACAUAACAAACAUGUGCGUUUCACCAGACCACAAAUUCGUCGUCUUGGUCUCCUCGAAUGACUCUGUCUACCUCUGCCCUGAAAACACCAAUGCCUCCGGAACGGCAACAUCGCCCUGGAAAAAACCACUCAAACUCACAUGGCGCACUCCAGAAUUUGUAAAAUUUAUCAACAACUAA